UUCUUGUGUGUAACAAUGAGUAACUCAGUACUGAAUCUCAGAUGCAAAACCAAGACUGGACAACACAGUUUAACUGGGCUAAAAUUGUCCUCAAAUGUAGGACAGCUCAAAGAUAGAAUAUCAGAACUGACUAAAAUUCCUAAGGAAUACAUAAGAGUUAGACAGAGUUAUCCUCCCAAAUCUAUUGAUCUGUCAAAGGAAGACUUACUGUUAUCUUCCUUGCCAUUCAGAUCAGGGGACACACUUAUUGUGGAAGAGGAGAGGGUUGUUAGAAACACAUUGCAGAGAAACAUUGGUGAUGUAAUGCAGGACCAGAAUUUAAUGGGGAGAGGGGUUCUAAUGAGAAAAGUUGUACCUGCUAAUAACUCCUGUUUGUUUACAAGCAUUAAUGCUGUUAUGAAUGGUGGAAAGAUUGAUUUAGAUUAUGCACCAUCCAUAAGGCAACUUAUAGCUGGGGUUGUGAUGAGUGAUCCACAGACAUACUCUGAUGUGUUCCUUGGAAGAUCUAAUUCUAGUUAUUGUAAAUGGAUUAUGAAGGACGAUACAUGGGGUGGUGCUAUAGAAAUUUCAAUAUUAUCCAAGUAUUAUGAUGUAGAAAUUGAUGUUGUGGAUACUCAAAGUUGUAGAAUAGACAGAUUUGGAGAAGAUCUCCAUUACGACCAGCGUGUUCUUAUUAUAUAUGAUGGUGUUCAUUAUGACCCUCUUGUGUUGGAACCAUUUGACUCCUCUUUACCUGUUCAAACAAUUUUUUCCGCAGACAAUGCUUCAAUUCUUGGUCAGGCACAAGAGAUUGCCACUGAAGCUAGACAAGCCAGACAAUAUACUGAUGUGACUAACUUUUCUAUCAAAUGUUUGAUCUGUCAAAGAAUGUUCACGGGACAGAGUGAGGCUCAAAAACAUGCUAAAGCUUCUGGACAUGUUAGCUUUGGUGAAGUUAAAUGAUAAUUUAUUGUAUAAUUUGUAGUUAGUUUAAAUAUAAUGUUACCAUCAGUAUUACUAUCCAGUUAUAGACAAAACAUAUCAGUCAGGGGAUCAAUUCACGUCUGCAAGUCAGAAUCUUACUUGUUCAAGUUACAUGUAUUUAUUUUAAAUCCACCCUUAAAUGUAGAAGAAAGAUAAAAAUGUACUUGUAAAUGUAAUACAUUUGUACCUAUGUAUUGCAAUUACACAAAUAAAUUACUUUACAUGUAUCAAUCUUUUGAAUUCCACUCUUUAAUACUAUAUUGAAGUAUAAUUUUAUAGACAAUGUCUGUAAUUUUGAAAAUAUUGCUUAUUUCAGUUUUUUACACCUUCUCUGAAAACAUCUGUGCAUAAUCUUUCUAAAAUUCUUAUGAUAAAAGUGAAUCUUUUAUAUAAAAUACAUACAUAAUUUGACAUGCAAACCAACAUAAAAUGCCUGAGUCAUGUUUUGACUUCCAAAAUUUGAAAAUUUCAGAAGUUGAAAACCACCUUUUUAAUUUUUUUAUUUUUUUGGGAGGAGUACACUAGUGUAAGGGGAGAUUAUUCAAUAAGUUCACUUAUACAAGUAAAUAUUACUUACAUGUACAUCUUCAAUUACAUAAAACUAAGUUGGAUAUAAAGUUACAUGUAUAUACUCGACUCUCAAAGAGACAGUAACUCUAAUUAUAAUAUAGUCAAUAGUCAUGUCAGAAAAUUUAUCAUUUGAAAGAGAAAUAACUUCUGUUGAUUUAAUUCUAGGAUUGAUUGUGACUGUUCUACAUUGUAUAUCCUGCAACAUAUGCAGUAGAAAUGUAGAUCAGAGCAAGUUUAUUGUUUCCUCUUUAAAUUAAUUAAUGUAUGUUAAAAUGAAUAAUAAAAAGUCCGGUGUUGUUUUCUAUCUAUCUAACCUUUUAUCAGCUGAAACAUAUGUUCUAUGAAAGACUUGCAUCUACAUUGUAAGCUUCUAUGUACAAAAUGUAUGGGUAUCAAACUGAUAUAUGUUACUUACUUAAAUUUGUAUUUAUUUUAAAUGUCAUAAUUUCAAUUUUGUAUUACAAUGUAAUAUUAUUAUUAUUAAAUUAAACAAUAAUGAA